UCACAAGGCAACAGCAUUUGAUAACUACACUAAAUCAGGGAGUUACUUCACGUGUAGUUUUUAUCUUGACAGAUUAAGUAAGGAGGGUGAUGUUAGGGAAUGAAUCCAAUAUUCCUUACAUAGUUUUAAUAAGUUUUAGUCAUCACCAUAGCUAAACAAGAUUUGAAAAUUGAAGCUAGCCGGCCGGCUGCUGGCCAGUUGCAGAACGGCAUUAGUCAACGGUGUAUGCAUAAAUCUCACCAUUUGUAGGACUUAGGGGGCUCCAAAAGGUACACGGAGAGCAGGUACAUAAAAAAAACUAUGUUUGAAUGAUCAUCGUCAUAGAGAAGCUAGCAAGGAAUCAAUGGAAUUGAACGGCAAAUGGCUUAGGCAAAGCUUUUGGUGGUUUGCUUCCAUGCAUACAUGAUGUAUAUAAAUAUGGGUUUUGUUCAUUCUCAGCCUGCUGGUUCUCCCAUUCGUAGUCAAGCUAAGCUCUGCUGCUAAUUCCGAAGACGUCCAUGGCCGCAAGGUACUUCUUCUACUGCUUCACUACAAUGCAUGAUUGCCCAUUAGUUAUCAGCUUUCCUAAGAUUAAUGCGUGUAUUUUGUACUGCACAACUUUGUCAGAGAUUUAUUGUGUACAUGGGAGGACGACCAGUUAAUGUUGCUGGGGAGCUAUCUGUAGCUUCCCUUCACGUCAGUAUGAUACAGAGUGUAGUUGGCAGGUACGUGCUUCCAAAUUCUCAUUAGUCGUUAGGAGAAAAAAACGACUACUCUACUCAUUUAUGUAGCUUACCUAGCUGCUUUUAAUGGCAAAAAUGGAUGGAUGCAGCAGCAACUUCUCCCAGGAUCUACUGGUGAAAAGCUUCAAGAGGAGCUUUCAUGGGUUUGUUGUCAAGUUAACUGAUAAUGAAGCACAAAAGAUUGCCUCACAAGCAGGAGUAGUAUCCAUUUUUCGCGACGAAAGCUAUCAACUCCAGACGACAAGGUCAUGGGACUUCAUCGGAUUCCCUCAAAAUGUUGAAAGACUAGCUCUUGAACGUGACAUCAUCAUCGGGAUGCUGGACACCGGAAUUUGGCCGGAAUCCGAGUCCUUCAACGAUGUAGGGCUCGGUCCACCUCCAGCCAGAUGGAAAGGAAUCUGCCAAUCUUCCUCCAACUUCACUUGCAACAAUGCCGGGCAGCCGCCGCCGGCGGGCGAGUUCGCAUCGCCUCGAGAUUCUAAAGGCCAUGGAACCCACACCGCAUCCACGGUCGCCGGAGGGCUCGCUCCGGGUGCCAGCCUCGACGGGUUCGGCAACGGAACAGCUCGAGGCGGAGUUCCAUCGGCUCGAAUUACUGUCUACAAAAUCUGUCUCCCUGAGCCCAUCGGCUGCCUUGCCUCGAGCAUUCUGGCGGCCUUCGACGAUGCAAUCGCCGAUGGGGUCGACAUCAUCUCGCUUUCAGCCGGGGCUUCUUCCGCCACGGAUUACUUCCAAGAUCCCAUAGCAAUCGGAGCUUUCCACGCCAUGAAAAAUGGCAUCCUGACCUCGAAUGCCGGCGGUAACGCCGGUCCUGACCGGGGAACCAUGGGUAAUGUCUCUCCCUGGUCGCUCUCCGUGGCAGCUAGCACCAUUGAUCGCAGGUUUGUCACUCAAGUGCAGCUUGGAAACAACAUUAGUUACCAGGGUGUUUCUAUCAAUAUGUUUGACUUGAACGGCACAAUGUUCCCUCUCGUUUAUGCUGGAUAUGUCCCAAACACCAGUUUGAACUUCACUGGUUUGGAAUCCAGGCUCUGCCUUAACAACUCCUUGGAUCCACGUCUGGUGAAAGGGAAGAUUGUUCUUUGUGCCAAGGGGGAUAGAGAAGUACCAUUUCAGGCAGGUGCAGUUGGCAGUGUGAUGCCAGGUUUUCAGGACGUGGCUGAUCUGUUUCCUAUCCCUGCAUCUCAGCUUCCUGUUCAGGACAUUGGCCAAGUCUUGACCUAUAUUAACAGAAACAGCAAUGCAACUGCUACCAUAAGGAGAAGUACAGAAGCCAAGGAUAAGUUGGCAUCAAUGAUUGCUGUCUUUUCAUCAAGGGGUCCAAAUACAAUCACUCCUGAUAUUCUCAAGCCAGAUAUAGCCGCACCAGGAGUAGACAUUCUAGCGGCUUGGUCUCCAGUGAGUCCUAUAACCGAGUUACCAGCAGAUCUUAGAUUCUCUGCUUACAACAUCAUCUCAGGAACAUCAAUGGCUUGUCCGCAUGCAACCGGCGCUGCUGCUUAUGUCAAAUCCUUUCACCCCACAUGGUCCCCUUCUGCUAUCAAGUCUUCCCUCAUGACCACAUCUUCUCCAAUGAGUUCUGAGGCCACCCCUGAUGCUGAACUUGCCUAUGGAGCAGGGCAACUUAACCCUGUCAAGGCUGUGAAUCCUGGGCUGAUAUAUGAUGCUGAACCAAUAGACUAUGUUAAGUUCUUAUGUGGACAAGGCUACAGCACAAGGGUGUUGCGGCUUGUAACCGGAGAUCGGUCUGCUUGUUCUCAGGCGAUCAAUCAGACAGUUUUUGAGCUGAACUACCCCUCUUUUGCCCUUCCGGUCUCGGGUUCUUCAAGAAAUGUCAGCAGAGCCUAUAAGAGGGUUGUGACUAAUGUUGGGGCAGCAAAUUCCAGUUAUAAGGCGAUAGUGAGUGCCCCACCUGGGCUGAAGAUUCAUGUGACUCCUGGUUUACUAUCUUUCAAUUCUCUUGGCGAGAAGAAGUUGUUUACCUUGAGUAUUGAAGGAGCCAUGGCUGGGAACAUAAGCUCGGCAUCUUUGACGUGGGAUGAUGGAGAGCAUCGAGUGAGGAGUCCAAUUGCUGUGUUUUCAGCCGUGUUUUAAGACACAUUGACUGAGCUGGCCAAGUGAAGUGCAAGCUGCAGAAGACUGACGGAAAGUACGGAUAUUAGUUCAUGAGUCAUAUUGAUAGUUGAUUUUCAUAUGGGGAAAGGAUUCCAAGUUCAAUCUUAUGUUGCUGUAAUCGUUUUUUUAGAUUAGAUGUAAUAACGAAUUAGAUGCGGAGAUGUGGGUAGGACUCAGGAUUACCUGAUGCGAUCCAUUGUUUUAACCUAUGGUUGAUGCUGAUGUCUGUAAUAGGUAAGUGUCCUCUCUUUUGUCAUACAUAUAAUUUGUUCCAGGUCUGGUCGUUA